CGGUCUUUUUCCAUUCCAGAACCCGUGGAAUAUCAUGAUUAAACACAGGCAGGUUCACCGCAGGGGUCGACGCUCGCAAAUGACCGUCAGUUUUACAGACCCCGUGAUCUCAAUGGAUUUACUGAGAGCGGUCCUGCAGCCCAGCAUUAACGAGGACAUCCGAGCCGUCUUCAACAAGUACAUGAAGUUCUUCCAGAAGGCAGCGUGCAAUGUGAAGGAGAACGUAGGGGACGAGGUGCACCCUGAGCAGUUGAUACGGGAGGCCUGUCAGAACUGUCUGGAGCAGGCCAAACUGCUCUUCACAGACGGGGAGAAACCUAUGUCCAAGCCUGCUCUGGAUCUCCCAGGGCCCAAGCGAGUCAGGCAGAUGGAAGACGAGUCCAGUCAGAGAGGAAGCCCUGUUCCAAAAAAGAGGAAAGGACGUCCUCCAGGACCAGCCACUGCCAACGAUCGACUGGCUUCCACUGGCUCCAUGUCGAAGACCAAGAUGGCAGAGGUUAUAAAGAGAGAAGGUCCAAAGUGGGACCCGGCCAGGCUGAAGGAAAGCACCACCUUCGUACUGGGCUCUCGUGCAAACAAGGCACUGGGAAUGGGUGGCACGCGAGGCAGGAUCUACAUCAAGCACGCAGACCUCUUUAAGUAUGCAGCAGAUCCACAGGACAAGCACUGGUUGGCAGAUAGGCAGCACAUGAGGGCCACAGGAGGGAAGAUGGCCUAUCUCCUUAUUGAAGAAGAUGUCCAAAGCUUGGCACAAAGUGAAGACUACAGGGACUGCCCGGAGUUGAAGCUGGAUGAGCUGAAGCCGUUUGCCGUCCCUCUCUGGAUGAUUGAGAAGAUGCAGAAGUCGAUGGACGGGAUGCGAUCUGAGAGGGAAUAGGUGGGGGUUCAGGGG